ACACAACAUUGCAGAGGCAUGGACGGGAAAAAAUAAUCAGAAAGCAUGACAUAGAUAGAAAAGUUGCAUGUUUGCCUUAUGAUGGGAAAUAUGUGCUGUUUCCUUUGCUGCAUGGAAUUGAAAGGCAAUAUUAGGAUAAGAUGGACAAGAAGUGGGUAAGAGCUGUGUGGAGAGAGGAUGAAAAAGAGAUGGAGCUUGCCAUACCCAGUGUAUGGGUUGAAGGAAAUCGCAUAAGAUGGCCAAAUACAUCAAAUGCAAAAUCUGCACUCAAAGAAUGCAAGAAACCUGCUGACAAAUGGCUUUCAUUUGAUCUGAUAAAGAUCAAGUUUUCAUCAGACGACUAUCGAGAAUGUGAGGACUAUGAUGAGACGACAGCGGUGGAAUCUGAGUGUGACUCAGAACCAGUAAUGAAAAGGAAACCAAAAAAGAAGGUCAUGAGUGACUUUAUUAUGGAUUCUGCUGAAGACAAUUCAUCAAUAAAAACGCAGAAGAAGUUACCUGUAGCAGCACCAGUUAUGCCGCCAAAACCACCCCAAAAAAUCUCUUCUAAAAAAAACCAAGACCAGUCAUCACUUCAGUCGUCCAGGUCUCGAUCACCUUCAUCUUCUACUAGAGAUGAAAUGGAAACCAGACGUAGCAGGUCUAUUACACCAAGCAAGUCCUGGGCUAGUUCAAACAGUCGGGAGAGCUCGAUGAAUAGGUCGAUGUCACCAAGAAGUCCCAUUCGCUCAACACAAAGGUCCAGAAUUUCAACAUCCAGAAGUCCAAUUCGCUCAACACAGAGGUCCAGAAUUUCAACAUCCAGAAGUCCAAUUCGCUCAACACAAAGGUCCAGAAUUUCAACAUCCAGAAGUCCAAUUCGCUCAACACAAAGGCCCAGAAUUUCAACAUCCAGAAGUCCAAUUCGCUCAACACAAAGGCCCAGAAUUUCAACAUCCAGAAGUCCAAUUCGCUCAACACAAAGGCCCAGAAUUUCAACAUCCAGAAGUCCAAUUCGCUCAACACAAAGGUCACGAAUCUCAAGGUCCAGGAGUCCUGUUCACUCUUUGAACAGCUCAAGAUUUUCAAGAUCAAAAAGCAGAGACAGGCAUCACAAUAGGUCAAGGCACUCUAUGUCACAAAGCAGUGAAAGGUCAACCCUGAGAAGAGAAAGCCCAAAAAGACUUAACAAAGGAUCUGAACAUUCCAGGAGCUAUGAUAGGCCUUGUAGCAGGUUAAGUGUAGAGAGCACCCCAACACUUCCAUCUCUUUCUAAGCGAAAGCAGCAUCAGUCCUCAACAGACUCCUUUCCCAUGACCGAAGAAAGAUUUCAGAGAAGAGUCCUCUACCUUCUUGUUGAAAUAAGAGACCGUCUUAAGAGUCCAGUAACAACAGCUUCAAAUACAGAAGACGUUGAUCUUGUUACCAUAGACUCAGAAGAAGGAUUUGAAGCCUUAGACAGAAGACUUGAAAACAAAGACUUUAAAGCCAGCUUUAAAUUCUUGCUUCAAAAGAUUGGAGGUACAGAUGGUACUGACCACAUGAAGAAAGCAAUGUUAAGAACUAUGACAAACUCGUACAUGGCUGGUCUAAACAUGAAGGGAAAACGGGGAAAGAAAGCUUUUGGUUCCUCCCAACUCUACCUCCUUAUAAAAGAAACUGUAUUGACAUCUCAUACACAGUAUACAGAAUCAAAAUUCAAUGAAGAUUUGGCUAAAUUCCUAAAAUAUGCCCCGGAGCGUGUGGGAGGAGGUGGAAGAAGGAGAAGAGAUUGACUGUUUUUCACGUUCACUUGACCAGAACUAAUGAUUUUACUCUUUUUCAUCUUCUUAAACUAAUGUUUUUGUGAAAAGCUGGCUACAGAUGUGAGCUAGGUUAUCCAUCAGUGAUUUUAAGUGAUACUUUCAAUUUAUUUAACUGUUUCUCUCUUGAAUAAAUUGAUUAAUGAUA